AUGGGCGACCAGCAGGUGGUGGGCGAUUUUCUCAAAGUCACGCCCAAGCGCUAUGCGCCAGCGGCGCCCGCAGAGACGGCGGAAGCGGGAUUUUGGCGCAGCUUCCGGCGGAAAGCGGCGGAGCCGCUGAUCGGCAACGUGACGACCAUCGACUUCUGCCCCUCCGCGCCCUACCACUUCGCCGCUACCAACUCCACCCGCGUGCGCCACUCUCCCCCCACUCUCUCAUACCCAUCCCCUCUUCACCCCCCCCAAACCCUUUCCCCUCAACCUACCCCACCCCUUUCCCUCAACCCCGCGCACCCGAUCCCCGUUAUUUCUACUCGCCGUGCCGCUCUCCCUUUCGGCCGCCCUGCGCCCGCGCGUCCCGAUAUCGAGCCCUCACAGCGGCGCAGACGUGCGCGGAACGCGGAUGUGGGGAAGGGGAAGUUGGAGGCAGGGGACAGUUUAGAAGCUGGCGUCACCAGGGAACCGCUUAAAACCUUCUCUCGCUUUAAAGGACUUGCGUACAGCGGGCGGUUCAGGGCGGAUGGCAAGCUGCUGGUGGCGGGCGGGGACAGAGGCAUCGUGCAGGUGUUCAACGCCACGACCCGCACAGUGCUGAGACAACUCAACGGCCACACAGAUGCAGUGAGGGCGGUGCGCUUUGCGUUGGACAAGGUGCAUCUCAUGUCGGCCGGCGAUGACUCCGUUCUGCGCUGGUGGGACGUCAGCGCCCAGGUCCGUCCCCCAUCCCCUCCCCACCUGCCCCUCAAUCCCACUCCUCCCUCCUCUUCUCCUCUCGACUCGCAUCCUCAACCCAACGUCUACCCCUCCCCGUCCCCUCGCCCUUACUCCCGUUUCCUUGCGCCCCCCUCUGCACCCGUUCCUCUCCUUUCCACAAUGUCACCCCACCAUGCGUCCCCCCCACCAUGGCAGGAGCCACUGCGCAAGAUGGCAGCGCACACGGACUAUGUGCGCAGCCUGUCCACCAACCCGGCCUCAGCGGACCUGUGGGCGUCAGGGUCGUACGACCACAGUGUGCUCGUGUGGGACGUGCGCGUGCGCGACCCCGUGCUCCGAUUCCAACACCUCUGGAAGGCUCCUUCAACCCCUCCCCUGAACUUCUUUCCCAACGCCCAACCCCUCGUGUCCUUCUGCCAGCAUGCGCAUCCAGUGGAGGACGUGCUCUUCUAUCCCAAUGGCACCAUGCUCGCUGUCGCAGCGGGCCCACAGGUGGCAGUAUGGGACAUGCUAAAGGGAGGGGCAUCAACCACACCGCUCCCUUCCUCGCAACAACAAGACAGCGCAGCGCUGACCCCAGUGGCAUCAGUGACAUGGCACUCGCGGCCGCUGUACAUACUGGGCAACCACCAGAAGGCCGUCACGUGCCUGCACGUCACCCCGCCCAUGUCCCUGGGCAACGGUGACCCGCCCUUCCCUGCUCGCCUGCUCACAGGCUCCCUCGAUGGCCACGUGCGCAUGUUCAGCCUCAGUGACUACAAGGUGAAGCACAUGGCACGGUACGACGGCCCCAUCCUCUCCCUGGGCAUGUCAGCACGCGGCACCACGCUAGCGGUGGGCAUGGCGGGCGGGCAGAUGGCCAUCCGCCACCGCACGCCCACCGACAGCGACAGGCGCCACCUGCACCUCGCAGCAGCCGCGGCAGCGGUGCCGCGCGUGCCGGGCAUGCAGAAGAGCACCACCAAGAGGGGCAGCAAGGGCCGCAUGCAUGGGCCGCUGCAGACGGCCAACUUCAGAUAUCUCGUUCGUGGCCAGACGGAAGAGGCUGCGGCGGAGGACUACCUAGUGGCGCAGCGCAAGCGAGUGCAUCUGGCGGUGCACGACAACAAGCUGCGGCGCUUCCAGCACUCCGCUGCUCUCCGCGCCGCCAUGCAGGAUGCAUCGCUGGAGAAGCCCGAGAUGUUGGUGGCGGUGGUGGAGGAGAUGAUUGCUUCAACCCCCACCCACCCCUUCUUCCCCUCCUCUCCCAGUCCCCCUCCCAUUCUGCUUGCAGAUGCUGCGGUGUUGGAGGAGAUGGUUGCGCGCAACGUGCUGGCCAAUGCCAUUGCCGUGCUGCCAGUCAAGUCGCUCAGCCGCUUCCUGCAGUUCUGCCGCAAACCCAACCACCUCACCUCACCCCCUAUCUCCAUCACUAGGCUGGUACCCAACCCGCGCUACAGCACGUUUCUCAUCCCCAUCCUGCACAUGGUGCUCGACCUCAGAGCGCAGCAUGUCGCCGCCACGCCCAAGCUGCAGCAGGGGGUAUCUUCUUCUGUUGACUCUUCGCCACCCAUUCCAUCAACUCCCACCGGCGCCCCCCCCUUCCCCCCUUCCCAGUUCUACAUGCUGGCACAGGUGCUUGGAGCGGAGGCGCAUGCGCUGGCAGAGCUGGCGGAGCUGCAGGGCUUUGUGCUGCCGCUGCUGCGCGCCUCCACUGCUGCCAACGCCACCGCCGUGGCAGACGCCAUCGCCGCUGCUGCCGUCCUCGAGGGUGGGGCCGUGGAGGAUGACUUGACUCUCCUCUGA